AUGCAACAGGAAUUCAGCGUAAAUUUUAGUCGUACACUUAAUUUAACAAUUUUAUCAAAUAAUACGUGUGAUCAUUAUUGUGAUAAUACAUUUGGCGACUCAGACAUGGAACAUAGAUUUAAAUGUGGCUCAAAAAAUGAUACCCGAAUAUGGACUGUAUAUGAUUUAACUGAUACAUGUCCAUCUCAUUCUGUUUAUGUAAAAGAAUUAAAUGAAUGCAUGUCUUCGAUAGUUAACAUUAUGCAUUCAUGCCCAUCUUCAUCGAAACAAUAUUUUUAUAAUGGAAAAAUAACAUGGAAUGCCUUUCUGAAAAUUAUUGAUAAGUUAAACUUAACAAAAUCGACUGUUAGAAUAAGUUUUUAUAAUGAUGAUAUUGUUGAUCCUAAAUGGAAAUGUCCAACAGAAUAUUCAGACAAUAAUAAUACAGGAUUGUCUAGCUAUAGUUUUCGUUCGAUUUAUACAUUAAGUAAUAGCUGUUUAAGUUCACAUGGAUAUUCAUCGUAUGAAAUUCUAUUAUCAUCAGCUCAUUUAUGUAUAACUUCUUUAAAAAGUGAUGAUUCAUUAUCUAUAUACACUAGUCGUUCAUCCAGUUAUGAAACUUCUAUAAAUCCUUGGCUUCCUGAUUGUCCAGUGAACUGGCUUGAUUUAAAUAAGUACUGUUAUCGAAUAUCGGAUACAAGUAAAACAAUACAAGAAGCAAAAUAUAGCUGUAUUACUGCAGCUCAAUCCGAA